AUGAAUUUACUGAUUAAAAGAUAUUAAACAGGAUAAUAAUUAAUAGGUGUUUUAAAAUAUUAGUUUUCUAUUUUAGAUAUUGAAAAAAAGAUUUGUGUUAUACAUAGUUAAGUAAAUGAUAUUCAUUUUAAUUUAGCUACUGAAGAAUAUCUUUAUGAACAUCAUAAUUUAAAAUAUCCUACAUUAUUUCUUUGGAGAAACGAUAAAACAAUAGUUAUCGGAAGACAUUAAAAUCCUUGGAAAGAAUGUUUCAUUUAGAAUAUGGAAAGAGACGGAAUAAAAUUAGCUAGAAGAAGAACAGGAGGUAGUGCUGUAUAUUAAGAUUUAGGAAAUAGCUGUUUUUCUUUUAUAACCCCAGUAUAUGAUAAUUCCAACCCAUUAGAUUCAAAAAAUAAAAAUAAUAUAAUUAUAGUUAAUUCAUUAAAAAAUUUAGGUGUAGAUGCUUAAUUUACAGGAAGAAAUGAUAUAGUUUGUUAAGGAAGAAAAAUAUCAGGAUCUGCAUAUUAAGUUAAUUUAGGAAAGAAAGAUGGAUCCGAUAGAAAAGCUUUACAUCAUGGUACAAUGCUUUUUAAUGUGAAUACGGAAAGUGUAAAAAAUUAUUUGAAUCCAAAUAAAGAAAAGUUAAAAAGUAAAGGAGUUGAUAGUGUAAUAUCAAGAAUUCUUAAUUUAAAUGAAAUAAAACCUGAUUUAAAUCAUGAUUUUUUUGUUUAAUAAUUGGAGAUUGAAUUUGCUAAAUUUUAUUCUAGUCAUCAAGUCAUUUCAGAAAAACUAGAUUAUGAAUCACUUAAAUAAAAUCAAAAUAUUAAUUAAAUAUUUAAUGAAAUAAGUUCAUGGGAUUGGUUGUAUGGUCAAACACCUAAAUUUACAAAUAACAUAGAAACUAGAUUUGAUUGGGGUAUUAUAGAUUUUUACUUUUAAGUUGAAAAUAAUAUUAUUAAGGAAUGUAAAGUAUAUAGUGAUUGUUUAUAUGCUGAUUUUAUAAGCAAAAUGAACAGAAUAUUUAAAGA